GGCGCUGCGAACUGCGGUUGUUUUCCACCAAGCUAAAUAAAGGCUAUUGAACUUCCUGUUCCGGUAACGUCUGUAGCUCAUUUUUUCUCAGUGGGGUAAGGAAGGGCCGGCGGUGGCCAAGGAACUGCCCUCCUAUUCUUGGGAAGCUGCUUAUCCCAGUGCCAUGGCCUCGUCUCCCGGUAGCCCCCCUUCUUCCCAAGCCGUCACUCACCUGGUCUUUGACAUGGACGGCCUGCUCUUGGAUACGGAACGGCUUUAUACGAUCGGCUACCAAGAAAUCUGCCAGCGCUUCGGUAAGACUUACACCUGGGAUGUGAAAUCCUUAGCCAUGGGCACAAAAGCCCUGGAGGGAGCAGAGAUCAUCCGAGAGGCCCUGGAUCUCCCGAUCACCAAAGAAGAGCUAUUGCGCGAAAGCAAAAUCCUGCAUGAGAAACUCUUCCCCACCGCCGCCUUGAUGCCGGGCGUCGACAGACUCGUCCGUCACCUGCACCGUCACCAGGUCCCCAUCGCGGUGGCCACCAGCUCGUCCCGAGCCAGCUUCGAAAUGAAAACCACGCGCCACAAGGACUUCUUCCGCUUGUUCCAUCACAUCGUCUUGGGGGACGACCCCGAAGUGAAAGCCGGCAAGCCGCAGCCAGACAUCUUCCUAGUCUGCGCCCGGAGAUUCCACCCGCCACCCCGGCCGGAAAAGUGCCUUGUCUUCGAGGAUGCCCCCAAUGGGGUCCAGGCGGCGCUGACCGCCGGCAUGCAAGUGGUCAUGAUCCCGGACGAAAACCUGGACAAAGAUCUCACGAAGGGAGCGACCCUCGUGCUCCAGUCUAUGGCAGAUUUCAAGCCUGAGCUCUUUGGUUUACCACCCUUUUGAUUAAGGACCUGCUGUUCUUGUUUCGCUUUUGUAUCUCAUUGAUUUAGUGUCCCCUGAUUUGGGGCGGGAGGGUUUUUUUAAAAAUUAUUAUUCAAAAGCUUCAGGUUUCCAAUCAAAAUCAUAUGUCUUAUUUUAUUAAGUUUACCGGAUGACUCGUUUAAUCAGAUCCAAGGGAGGUGACUGGGAGUAUGGGGAGGCUACCGAGGACUCAGCAGACUUUGGACUCCUU